AGCUGACUAGACAUGUCCGAUUCGUCAUUAGAAGCUAGUGAUUCCCCUACGCCUGAAAAGAAGGUCAAAAAGCAACCAGAAGAGAAAAAAGCUGGGAAAAAAGACGACAAGAUACAAAAGAAGGAAGAUGCAGGGAAUGGCAAGAGUGAUAAGAAAGAGAAGGAUAAGAAGAAAGAGAAAGAGAAGAAGCAGGAAAAGCGUAGAGUUCAAAGUGAUUCGUCCUCAGAUGAAGGGGUGAUCGAUAAAACGCCAAUCAAGAAAUCGAAAGGUGGUGGUAAUCGUGUGAAAAAUGCCGAUGGCGAAGAGAUGAUCGAGAUAGGCAGUAUGCGUUACGUCAAUGUAAGAAAUUUCCGCGGAAAAUCUCUUAUAGAUGUACGCGAAUAUUACAUGGACAAGGGCUCUGGAGAGCUUCGUCCCGGCAAAAAAGGUAUCAGCCUUACUCGGGAACAGUACGAAAACUUCAAGUCUAUCAUGAGUGAGAUUGACGCGAAGCUUUGAUGCGGCUUUAUAUCUUUUGGGUUCUUUUUUACACUUUGCCAUUUUCUAACACAUUUGUUAUGCGAGAUAUUUUUUCCGAUGAUUUGCCUUACACGUGUAUCACUAUAGUAAAGAUCUCGAAAUGAAGAGUGCGUUGAAGUGCUUCAA